AUGUCUUACAGUACGCGAAGAAGUGGCGGAUUUGCUAACCAGCCGCAACAACAACAACAGCAAAAUGUAGGCAGUAUCGGACAGCGUAGACCUGUUGUUACCAAUAAUUUUGUGCCUGGUGGUCAGCUGAACGCCCAGAGCAAGCCAGGAGUACAGCAGCAGGCCACGCAGCCGCAACAGGUUAGGCCUGCACAGCCGCAACAGGCACAGAAUACUGGCAUUCAAUUCAGGAAUCAGCAGCAAGCAACUGCUGUUCCUCAACAAGCCAAGCCACAACCUGUAGUGCAACAACAACUGCAACAGAAACAGCAGCAGCUGAAACAACAACAGCUCCAACAACAACAGCUUCAGCAGCAACAGCUCCAACAGCAACAGCUCCAGCAGCAACAGCUCCAGCAGCAACAACAGCAGCAACUACAGCAACAACAACAGCAGAUCAAAAUGGAAGCAUCACAAACUCUUAACAAGCCAGAGGCAAUUGUGGACAAUAGCAAUGGGGAUGUUAUGGACACAUCUGUUGAAAAAAAGAAGCCAUUCUGGGCGAGAGGUACAGCAGGUAAGAUCACCAAAAAGGAGAAGAACCGAAGGCGCAACGUGAGAUUGAGCAAGAUUUUGCAACCCAAGAACGCCGUUAUGAUUCUGAACGAAUUGGUGAAGAAUACCUCUUACAUGGUCGAGGAUUUGCCGAUGAGGCCAGACGGCAACCAGUUCAAAGCCACGGUCGUUUAUGAAGGAACAGAGUAUUGUGGUUAUGGUCGCAGUAAAAUUCACGCCAAGAAUUCGGCAGCCGAGGCGGCUCUCAAAAACUACGUCAAAACCAACAGAUUGACCGAAAUGAAGAAGGACGAAGAAGGCAACGAGAACAUGGACGUAUCCGAAGAUGACACCUCCCAGUCUCCUCUGCCAUGGCAACACGUUGCAUCUUUUGCUCUCUUCAAACUGUUUUGUUCAUGGGGCGAAGAUCCAAAUCUUCUCAAGAACCAGCAGGCUCAGUUCGAGCUGAGCGCCGGCGGUCCGGCGGCCAAGCAGCACGAGAACAGGCCGGCGAAGAAGAUGCCGGCCAAUCCGGAGUCGAUCAACCCGCUGAUGCUGAUCAACCAGAUGCUGCCGCACGCGCACUUCGAGGAGAUCGGCAAGACCGGCAAUCCGCCGAACGUGACGUUCUCGUUCAGGUGCAACUGCGACGGCCAGACUUUCCUCGGCACAGGUCCCAACAAGAAGGCCGCUAAGAAGUUGGCAGCAUAUGGGGCUUGCAAUAAAAUAUUGGGCGUGAAUUACCCAACUGAUGUCUAUGUUCCUUUGUUUUAA